AAAACGUUGUUGUUGAGUUUGAAUUGCAGGAUCUUUCCAGGUCCUUGGUGGGUUGCAUGCGGUAGAGCGGAAAGUGAUGCAUCUCUGCUGUGAAACAUACAUACUUCAUAUCGACGUUAGAUUUGCGACAGUUCGCCUCUCUUACCUAGUCUUGGCUAUAUAACACACUACUGUCGGACCAACUAGCCAACCAACUAACCCGUAGAAGUCCGUGGACGGAGAAUCAGCGUAGUAGGCUAAGCUAAAUAUGGAGCUGAUUUAUAAAGGACGGACUUAAUGGCAGGCAACUAUUCGGCUGACAAAUGGGUCCCACCCGUCCGACUGAGACACAGACUUAGUGACGGUUACGAGUAUAUAUUAGUCGGCAAGGAUUCAGAGCGGUAAUGCAAGCCCCCGACAGACUCAUCCGAGAUAGUUAAUAUAAUCAAAACCCGUCAGCCCUUUUCGAAGACUAGGUACCCAGGUCAACAUCAUGCCGGAGGCCCCUAACCUAAACAUCCCCGCUUCGGCAUCCACAGUAAAUGUCUCCAUCGUGAACACCACGGGGACAAUUUAUGGGCUUCCCGUUACCCAACUCUUCGAGCCUGCAAUCCCGGGGCAUGACUACUUGGCGACGCCGAUCUACUCGUUCUUAAUCCAACAUCCGGCUCUCAACCGCACGAUUGUGUUUGAUCUUGGCAUUAGGAAGGAUUUCUCGGCAUGGCCUGAGGGACUUUUGGACACCUUCAAAAGCUAUGGCAUCUCGAUAGACGUACCGAAACACAUCCGCGAGAUCCUCGAUGAGCAGGGCGUCGACACCAAGAGUAUCGAAGCAGUGGUGUGGUCGCACCCGCACCUCGAUCACACAGGCGACCCCUCCACCUUUGAACCGAGUACGACAUUAAUCGUCGGACCCGGAGUUAAAAAGGACGUACUCCCAGGUUACCCAGCGAAACAGGACACCUUCAUCCUCGAGGCCGACUACGCCGGUCGAGAGGUAAAGGAACUCGACUUCACCGACUCUAAAAUCAAGAUCGGAAAGUUCCCAGCGAUCGAUUAUUUCGGCGAUGGCUCCUUUUACUUCCUCGAUGCCCCGGGACAUUGUAUUGGGCAUAUCUGCGGCUUGGCGCGUGUGACGAGUAAUCCGGAUAGCUUUAUCCUGAUGGGCGGCGAUAUCAUCCACCACAGCGGUGAAUUGCGUCCUCACCAUUGGCAUCCGCUACCGGAUUCCAUCUCGCCGCACCCAUUUGAGCUCUCCUCUUCGGCGCCGUGUCCGGGCGAAUUAUUCCAUAAGCUCUUGCGCGACGGCAAGGAGGAGCCAUUUUAUUACCCCGCACCUAACAAGGAGGGUCAACAAGCGGUUCAUUUCGACCCGGAGCUGGCGAGAGAGAGUAUUAAGAAGUUGCAGGAGGUCGAUGCGCAUGAUAAUAUUCUUGUCGCGGCGGCGCAUGAGCAGUAUUUGUUGGGUGUCGCUGAUUUCUUCCCUAAGCCGGCUAAUGACUUUUUGGCGAAGGGAUGGGUUCAGAAGACUCGUUGGGCGUUUUUGGCGGAUCUGGCGAAAGCUGCGGGUUAUGAGGGUAAGGUGGAAGCCGCUGGUGAUUAUACACCGCGGUCUAAGAAGGAAUAGAGAUACAUCGCACGUAAAUUAAUAAGUCCAUACGUUAAAAACAAAUGGUAUUGACUAAAUAUUUCGGAUUCUAGAUUGCUUUGAUCGUGCCAUGGAAGUAGAAAUCCCUCAAGGUCC